AUGGGUCUGCGCAAGAAGGUUAAACAUCAAGGUUGGAUAGACAUCGAUUGUGUUGUUCAAAAGAGAAAGCGCAUGGGAAUCGAAAGUGAUGUCUGCAUUGACGAGACCCUCAUUCCACCGAAUAAACUGAGGGAAAAGGCCACAAGGAAUGCCAUAGACGUUGUGACAAGGUCCCAGCAAGAACCUCGCACGCCAGAACUUCCAAAUCGAGUUUCUAUCUGGACACCUCAGCCAUGCCAGCUGUUAGCACCCCUCAUUCAACAGCUUCCAUGGGCACGCUUCAGCGCUUCACUGGAAGCACAACCGUACAAUGCUCUGUCUAACCUACAACAUCAGUCAUCAAGCGCUGGAGGCCAUCAUGAUCAAACAACGAACCAAAGUCUGCCAUUUCCGUCGACAAGCUCCGGUCAAGACUUUGGUGGUCUCACGAAACACAACGCGAAUAUACAGCUUCUACUGUUACUAGCCUUUACUCUGUCCAACAAUUUAAUGACGAAUUCUGGUAUUGCCAAAUUACUAGAAUUGGUCCCGCCUCCUAGCCGCUUUUCUCACUUGAGAGAUUUGGUCUGGCACGAAGGUGCUACCACUGAAGCGGUGGCGGAGAACCUUUUCCGCUACGCAAAACUUCACGAUACGCAGAUGCUAUCGAUGCUUCUUGGGUUAGGUAUCGAUCCGAACGAGCAGGUGGUCUCCUGGCUAGGGAUUCUGACGACGCCACUUGCCUAUGCCGCAUACUUCAACAAAGUAGAGUCCGUCAAAGUACUGAUCUUGGCAGGUGCAGACGUCAAUGGCGCACAUUCUGUUAUAAAAGAUGGUGAGAGCCCCUUAGAAAAGGCUGUUGCGAGCUUCGAUUGUGAGAUAACUCUGCUUUUACUGAAUCAUGGCGCAAAAGUUGAUGGAUCUUACCGACCAAGGACAGGCGCAAGUAUGCUUAAAUGCGCAUUUCAAGACCAUAAAGCCCCCGGGCCUUUCCUCAUAAAAGCGCUACUUGAUAAUGGUGCCUCUAUGGAAUUGGACGGACAACAAGGCGCUGAGAUACUCGCUCUAGCCCUUCCUGACUGUCUGGACACAAAUGACGACUCCUGCAAGAAACGAUCCAUCACCUACUUCAAGCAAGGGUGA